AUCUCCUUUUUUCAUGGACUACCUCCAAUAGACCACAGACUCUGUUGUAUUGGGCCCAUAGGUGGACAAAGCGUCAAGUCUGGGUCGUCAAAGACUGAAAAGCUGAAGCGCAGACUGCUGCGCAGCGCAGUGCCACCACGGCACCACCGCCCACGAUGCCGCUCCCGCUCCGCCGUAAUGCCCUCUCCGCCGCCGCCGUCUCCGGGCUCCUCCUCCGCCGGGCACUCUUCACGACGGCCGCCUCGCGCCCGCAGUGGGCGAUGACCGUCCGCAUGGACCUGCAUCUGAUCAAGUCGUCGUCGACGCUCACCGCGUCUUUCGACCUCGCCGAGCCCCCGCGCGCCUCGCGCCUCGCUGUCCCCGACAACCGCGUCGACCUGCGGUUCCUCCCGGGACCCGACGGCAAAUACAUGGGCUUCGUCCCGGGCGACGUCCGCGCCGUGAGCGAGGACGGAUUCCUCCUCCUCAACUUCAUGGACCUCAAUCUGACCGCCCAAGAGACCGGCCCUGAUGUCUUCCGGUUCGUCUGCAACCCUCUCAGCGGAGAGCUGUUCCGCCUGCCGGACAUGUUCGGGACCAGGAAGUCCGUGCGCUACAUCUACCCUGGCCUCCUCACCGAGACCCGCCGCGGCAACGGGCACGGGCCGCCGGAGAGGUACGCCGUCGCCGAGGCCCUACCGAAAACGGAGCCGUCGCGGUUCUUCUCUCUGCGGCGCUUCCUCUCGGAGACAGGGGAGUGGGAGAAGCUGACGGGCCUGCGGUCCCCGCUCCCGCCGGCGCGGCAGAUGAAGGUGGACCACGAGGCCGUGGCCUGCGGCGACCGCCUCUGGUGGGUCGACGUGAGCUGGGGCGUCCUAUCCGUGGACCCGUUCAGCGACCGGCCCGAGCUCUGCUUCGUGGAGCUCCCGGAGGGCAUGCCAGGCAAGGAGCACGCGGCCUCUGACCCUGAGCAACGGAUCCUGGCCAGGUACCGGCGCGUCGGGGUCAGCGAGGGGCGGCUGCGUUACGCCGAGGUGUCCCAGAGGGAACCCUUCCUCCUCCGCUCCUUCGCCCUCGACGGCAACGACGGCGGCGGUGGCUGGACGCUGGAGCACGAGGUGGCGCUUAGCCCACUCUGGGCCAACGGAGGCUACCCAUGGCUGCCCAUGGAGGAGGGCCUCGAUGGGACGCCGCGGAUUGGCGUCUUCGACCCCAUGAACGCCAGCAUCAUGCUUCUCACCGUCGGCAAAUAUGUCGUCACCGUGGACAUGGACAGGGGAAAGGUGCUUGCCAGUGCAGUGGUAUGCCAAGAUCAAGAUCACAUUAUCAUCAGCUGCCCCCACGCUUCCUUGCAGUCAUUUCUGCUCCCACCGUGGCUUGGAUCAACCCGGAUCCCUCCUGCAGGCAAGCGGGGCAAUCCCAAGAACAAGACUUUGGCAGAUGUUUUGAUACGUUCAAACUGAUACCAGAACAGAUGAAGCGUACAAGGUUUCUUAAUUAAGACUGGCAGAUAUGUCCUACUAAUAUACUAGGAAGCUUAUGGUGGUAUGGAGAACUCUGCUUUCUGGGGACCUAUAUAUGGGAACUUUGGGUUUGAUGAGUUUGCUGCUAAAUUUGAUGGAACUCAUUUUGGGAAAGAUUGUUUGAGGCUUUCCGUUCAUACUUGACAUUCCAGUAAAAUGUCUCGAUCCAGACAGUCUAUUGUUCAUAUAUAUAUAUCCCUGAAUAGUAUGCUACGUUUACUUGCAAGACAAUUUUGCUGAUCUUUUAACUAGAAAUUGUCUAUUUCACCCAGUCAUGUUUUGUUAGAUACUAUAACCUGUAAGAAGUUUUAUAAUGUCCUCAUCUUAAA